UUUGGAAUAAUCUUGGGAAAAUUCAAAAUUUUUUAGAAAAUUUUGCUAUUUUUAUUAAAAAAUUAGAAGGAGAUGAAACAUUUCUUUCUACUGCAUAUUUUGAAUAUCAGCAACUUAAAGCACAUGUGCGAAAUAAUACUGAUUUACCUGAAAAUAUUCGUGAAGAAGUUAAAAAAUUUGGCACAAAUCGGUGGCAAAACUUCUUAUACAAUCCAGUUGUCAUUGUUGCUUAUAAAUUAGAUCUACGAUAUUGUGGUAGUCGGCUUAAUGCACGCAUAUUUGAUCCUAUUAUUGAAAAGGAAAUUUUAAGUUUAGUAGGGGAAGAAUAUAAGGAUAUAGUUUUAACAGAACUUGCUGAAUAUGUUAGGAAAACAGGAAGUUUUGCGCAUAGCCAUUUGUGGGGAGAUGUAAUUCAAAAAUCCGUUAACUGGUGGAAUUUAAUGAAAGGAAGAUAUCCAAUUCUUAGUGAUAUAGCCAUUCAGAUACUUUUCAUACCUGCAACUUCAGCAGCCAGUGAGAGAAAUUGGUCUACAUUUGGAUUUAUUCAUUCAAAGUUACGA